UCCUGCCCGGUCAGCCCCGAAGAGUUGCCCGGUGGCCGCUGCAGACGGAAGCCGAACGAGAGUAUCGGCGGCGGCAGGAUGGGAGACUCCAAAGUGAAAGUGGCCGUCCGGAUCCGGCCCAUGAACCGAAGAGAAACCGACUUGCAUACCAAAUGCGUGGUGGAGGUAGAUGCAAACAGAGUUAUCCUUAAUCCUGUAAAUACUAACCUUUCCAAAGGUGACGCCCGAAGCCAGCCAAAGGUGUUUGCAUAUGAUCAUUGUUUCUGGUCUAUGGAUGAAUCUGUCAGAGAAAAGUAUGCAGGUCAAGAUGAUGUUUUCAAGUGCCUUGGGGAGAAUAUUCUUCAAAAUGCUUUUGAUGGCUACAAUGCAUGUAUUUUUGCCUAUGGACAGACUGGAUCUGGAAAAUCUUACACCAUGAUGGGUACAGCUGACCAACCUGGAUUAAUUCCAAGACUUUGCAGUGGACUCUUUGAACGGACUCAGAAAGAGGAAAAUGAAGAGCAAAGUUUUAAAGUAGAAGUGUCUUAUAUGGAAAUUUAUAACGAAAAAGUCAGAGACCUUCUUGAUCCCAAAGGAAGCCGUCAGACAUUAAAAGUCAGAGAACACAGUGUGCUGGGACCCUAUGUGGAUGGACUUUCUAAAUUGGCUGUCGCAAGCUAUAAGGACAUUGAGUCUUUGAUGUCUGAGGGUAACAAAUCUCGUACCGUUGCUGCCACCAACAUGAAUGAGGAGAGCAGUCGGUCCCAUGCAGUCUUCAAAAUUACACUCACACAUACUUUGUAUGAUGUGAAGUCUGGGACGUCUGGAGAGAAAGUGGGCAAACUGAGCUUGGUUGAUUUAGCCGGCAGUGAGCGAGCAACAAAAACUGGAGCUGCCGGUGACAGGUUGAAGGAGGGGAGCAACAUCAACAAGUCCCUCACAACCCUCGGUCUGGUUAUCUCAGCCCUAGCAGAUCAGAGUGCUGGCAAAAACAAGAAUAAAUUUGUUCCAUAUCGUGACUCAGUUCUCACUUGGCUGCUCAAAGACAGUCUCGGGGGUAACAGUAAGACGGCCAUGGUGGCUACUGUGAGUCCGGCAGCUGAUAACUAUGAUGAAACGCUUUCAACACUGCGGUACGCAGAUCGCGCCAAGAACAUUGUGAACCACGCCGUGGUGAAUGAGGAUCCUAAUGCGCGAAUUAUCCGGGAUCUCCGGGAAGAAGUGGAAAAACUCCGAGACCAGCUAACCAAAGCAGAGGCAAUGAAAUCUCCAGAGCUAAAAGACCGGCUGGAAGAGUCAGAGAAGCUAAUCCAGGAAAUGACUGUGACCUGGGAGGAGAAAUUAAGGAAGACUGAAGAGGUUGCUCAGGAGCGACAGAAACAACUUGAGAGUCUCGGAAUAUCCCUUCAAUCUUCUGGAAUUAAAGUUGGGGAUGAUAAAUGUUUCCUUGUUAAUCUGAAUGCUGAUCCUGCUCUCAAUGAACUUCUGGUUUACUAUUUAAAGGAACACACAUUGAUAGGUUCGGCAAAUUCCCAAGAUAUCCAACUAUGUGGAAUGGGAAUUCUUCCUGAACACUGUAUUAUAGACAUCACGCCAGAAGGCCAGGUUAUGCUGACUCCUCAAAAGAACACCAGAACAUUUGUAAAUGGCUCUUCUGUAUCCAGCCCUGUACAGCUUCACCACGGGGACAGGAUAUUAUGGGGAAACAACCACUUCUUCAGAUUGAAUUUGCCUAAAAAGAGAAAGAAAGCAGAUCGAGAGGACGAAGAACAAGACACCUCCAUGAAGAACGACACCGAGCAGCUGGAUGUAGAUGGAGACUCCUCGAGUGAGGUGUCCAGUGAAAUCAACUUCAGUUAUGAAUAUGCACAGAUGGAGGUGACCAUGAAGGCUCUGGGCCAUAAUGAUCCAAUGCAGUCAAUAUUGAACAGCCUAGAACAACAGCACGAAGAAGAAAAACGAUCUGCGUUAGAGCGCCAGAGGCUUAUGUAUGAACACGAAUUGGAGCAACUGCGAAGAAGGCUGUCUCCUGAGAAGCAGAACUGUCGUAGCGUGGACAGGUUUUCUUUCCACUCACCCAGUGCUCAGCAGCGACUGAGACAGUGGGCCGAAGAGAGAGAAGCAACACUGAAUACCAGCCUGAUGAGGCUACGGGAACAAAUUGUUAAAGCCAAUCUAUUGGUGAGAGAAGCUAGUUACAUUGCAGAAGAACUGGAUAAAAGAACAGAGUAUAAAGUAACCCUACAGAUUCCAGCCUCCAGCCUUGAUGCCAAUAGGAAGCGAGGCUCUCUUCUUAGUGAACCUGCAAUCCAGGUGAGAAGAAAAGGAAAAGGAAAGCAGAUUUGGUCUUUGGAAAAACUGGAAAACAGGUUGUUGGAUAUGAGAGACCUUUAUCAGGAGUGGAAGGAGUGUGAAGAAGAUACCCCCGUAAUACGGUCUUACUUCAAGCGUGCUGAUCCAUUCUAUGACGAGCAGGAAAACCAUAGCCUCAUUGGAGUGGCUAAUGUCUUCCUCGAGUCCCUCUUCUAUGAUGUGAAGUUACAAUAUGCUGUUCCAAUUGUCAACCAGAAAGGAGAGGUGGCUGGCCGGCUGCAUGUGGAGGUGAUGCGAAUCAGUGGUGACAUUGUGGAGAGGAUUGCCGGAGGAGACGAUGCCGCGGAUACCUCCUUUGACAAGGAGUCCCAUGAGAACAGACUUACAUGCAUGGUUAAAAUACUCCAAGCCACUGGACUGCCACAACAUCUGUGCCAUUUUGUAUUCUGCAAAUACAACUUCUGGGAUCAACAGGAGCCAGUAGUUGUUGCACCGGAAGUGGAUACCUCGUCCUCCCCUGUCAGCAAGGAACCCCAAUGCAUGGUUGUCUUUGAUCAUUGUAAUGAGUUUUCUGUUAACAUCACUGAAGACUUUCUAGAGCACCUUUCAGAAGGGGCAUUAGCAAUUGAAAUAUAUGGCCAUAAGAUGACCGAUCCUCGGAAGAACCCAGCCCUGUGGGAUUUGGGGAUUAUCCAAGCAAAAACACGCAGUCUUCGGGACAGGUGGAGUGAAGUCACCAGGAAAAUGGAAUUCUGGGUUCAGAUCUUGGAACAGAACGAGAAUGGUGAAUAUUGCCCCGUAGAAGUAAUUUCUGCAAAGGAUGUACCAACAGGAGGAAUCUUCCAACUCCGGCAGGGGCAGUCCCGGCGAGUCCAAGUGGAAGUGAAGUCGGUGCAGGAAUCUGGGACUUUACCACUGAUGGAAGAAUGUAUAUUGUCUGUUGGCAUUGGAUGUGUGAAAGUUAGAGCGCUCAGAUCCCCCAAGACCCAUGACACCUUCCAUGAGGAAGAGGAAGACAUGGACAGCUACCAGGAUCGGGAUUUAGAGAGACUACGUAGAAAAUGGCUAAAUGCGUUAACAAAACGUCAGGAGUACUUAGAUCAACAGUUGCAAAAGCUUGUCAGUAAACAUGAUAAGACAGAGGAUGAUGCUGACCGUGAAGCUCAGCUCCUAGAGAUGAGGUUGACGCUCACGGAGGAAAGGAACGCGGUCAUGGUCCCCUCGGCCGGCAGUGGGAUUCCAGGGGCCCCCGCAGAAUGGACACCAGUUCCUGGGAUGGAAACACACAUUCCUGUUAUAUUCCUUGACUUAAACGCGGAUGAUUUCAGCUCUCAGGAUAAUAUUGAUGACCCGGAGGCUGGUGGAUGGGAUGCUACCCUCACCGGGGAAGAAGAGGACGAGUUCUUUGAACUGCAGAUUGUAAAACAGCACGACGGAGAGGUGAAAGCAGAAGCCUCCUGGGACUCUGCAGUACACAGUUGUCCUCAGCUCAGUAAAGGCACACCUGCGGAUGAGCGACUGUUCCUGAUUGUGCGGGUGACGGUCCAGCUCAGCCAUCCGGCCGACAUGCAGCUGGUGUUACGCAAACGAAUCUGUGUCAGUGUGCACGGUCGGCAGGGUUUUGCUCAGAGUCUCCUAAAAAAGAUGUCUCAUCGGAGUUGUAUUCCUGGCUGUGGAGUGACUUUUGAAAUUGUCUCCAAUAUUCCAGAGGAUGCCCAGGGAGUUGAGGAACGAGAAACAUUAGCAAGAAUGGCAACUAAUGUUGAAAACACAGCUUCCCCUGACUCAGAGGCUUAUAUUGAAAAAUACCUCAGAAGUGUGCUGGCCGUGGAGAACCUUCUCACGUUAGAUCGUCUUCGCCAGGAAGUUGCAGUGAAGGAACAGUUGACAGGGAAAGGGAAGCUGAAUAGGAGAAGUAUUAGCUCUCCAAAUGUGAACAGGUUGUCUGGCAGCCGUCAGGAUCUCAUUCCAUCCUACAGUCUAGGCAGCAACAAGGGUCGAUGGGAAAGUCAGCAGGAUGUAUCUCAAACUCAAGUUUCCAGAGGAGUAGCUCCCGUGGCCCCAUCCCUCCCUGGUUGUCCCCAAAAUAACCAUUCUCCUGAUCCAGGACUUAGUAGCCUUGCGGCCUCCUACUUGAAUCCAGUAAAAUCCUUUGUGCCACAGAUGCCGAAGCUACUGAAGUCUCUCUUCCCUGUUCGUGACGAAAAAAGGGGCAAGCAGUCAUCUCCCUUUGCACAUCAGCCGGUGCCGCGCAUCUUGGUACAGCCUGCUCCUGCGGAUUUCGGGGUGACCAGGAUGGCGGAGACUCACCGAGACAGUGUGGGGGUGAGUGUGGCCCCUGAUGUGACGGCGCAGAUUGCCCCGGUGGUGAAGACCGGUGACAAACCAGCUCAACUGCCUCCACCGCAGUGCGUGGCCACCAAUUCCCAGGUCUCCGAAGUGCAGGAGGGGCCACCCAGCCCCCUGAGUGAGGCCUCCAGUGGGUACUUCUCGCACAGCGUCUCCACGGCCACGCUGUCUGAUGCAUUCGCCCCAGGCCUCGAUGCUGUGGCCCAGGCUGGCAUGCAGACGCCCGGCUCGCCGCCUGCUGUCUCCUGUCAGGCCAGCCCAGAGACUGAGUCCCCGUGUGCAUCCGCUACCCCCAGCACAGACAGUGCUCUCCCUUCUCUGCUGGAGGGUCACAGCGGCCUUCCGUCACUGCCUUUCCCAGCAAAGCCAACUGUGAGGAGUGACGGUGGCAGUGCCCAGACCAAGGGUCUGGUUUCCUCAGAGAAACAGAAUGGAGAAGCCGGCACGUCACCCCCUGGUCUUCCCACUUCUGUCCCCCAAAAGGAGUCAGCCAGCUCGCAGUGCGGAGACCUUUCCCCUGCCACCAAGCCGCCAGGACGACCCAAGGCCCAGGCCACGCCGACCCCCAGCUUAGAGUCGGAUGUCUCCAAAGCCCAGUUGCCUCCUGACCUCCUGUCUCAGUCACCUGCACCGGCAUCUCCCUUCAGAAUCCGGAAGGUGCGAACCUCGGAGCUGAAGUCAUUCACACGCAUGCUCGGUGGGGACACCGGCGGCCCCCCUGGUGCUGAGGAGGACCCCCUGGCCGUGGCAGGGCUGGGCAACGACAGCUCUGGGGGACAGGCCCUGGAGAAGCUGGAAGUUUCCUCUGAUUCCGAGGAAGCCAGUGAAGUCCCAGAGUGGCUCAAAGAGGGAGAAUAUGUUACCCUGGGCGCCAACAAGGUGGGCAUCGUGAGAUACAUCGGGCCCACCGACUUUCAGGAGGGCACAUGGAUUGGCGUGGAGCUGGACUUACCUUCAGGUAAGAACGACGGCUCCAUCGGAGGGAAGCAGUACUUCAAAUGCAACCCCGGCUACGGGCUGCUGGUGAGGCCGGGCCGGGUGCGCAGGGCGGCGGGUGCAGGCCGGCGGCGCAGCGCGGGGCUCAGGCUGCAGGGCGCCCCCGAGUCCCGCAGGAGCAGCACCCUCACCGGCUCCGCCACCAACCUGGCCUCCCUGACGGCAGCGCUUGCCAAGGCCGAGGGCACCGCAGUGGUGCGGGCCGACAGGAGCCAUAAGAACCCCGAGAACCGGAAAUCCUGGGCCAGCUGAGCCGGCGUCGGACGCCGUGGCCGUCGGCCCUCGGGCGGACUGUCAGCGGGCGGCUGCGACAGCCCUGGAGCGGAGUGGCAGCCGAGUGGGCCGAGUCACCGCGAACCCCCUUCCCUGGGGGAGCAGGCAAUGAAAGCUUUUUGCACGACGCAGAGCUGGUGACCUGCCCAUCUCUCCGGGAACUCUGGAAGCUUUAUUUCUUUCUCUACCCAGAGAAUGGAGGAAGCCUCUCUGCAGGGUAGCGGGUGGAAGGUUCUAGGAACUCGGGCGGCCUGGGUUGUGGGGAAUGAGGCCGCUAGGGCUUCAUCCGCAGAGCCUGGGGCUCCUCCCCGGUCUCUUUUUUUCUGUUCUGGCAACCUCAUUAACCUCUUAAUUUAAAGAAUAAUCAUAACUAGUGCCUUUCCUUUCCCCAGGGGCAGGGCAUCCCCCCUCUGCCUCCAGGGCUGGUGUCCCAGCCCCCGCGCCCCCAAGUGCUGGCUGGCUCCUGAGGCUCCAUGCACCCCUCUUAUCCCCAAGUCCCCCACACCGAGGACCGUGCCCCUAAAGUGCCUCUGGCAGGCCUCCGGGGGCUCUGGCACAGGUCCCGGGUGCCCUAGAGAGGGCCUGUCCCCUCUGGCCUUGCCCUCUGACUUCCCCACGGGGUUUCUUAGCAAUUUCUCUGUGGGUGUUUUAGCAUCUAUAUACCUAGACAUUUUUUUCUUUUUGCCAUUUAUUCCCUUAACAGAGUGCUUAGAAUAUAUUUAUUUAUAUUUAUUUUUUCAAAAUCCGAAAUCAUUCGCGAGCCACAAUCGUCUGCCUGGGUGCAAAUGCCCAGGCAACCUCUGUGGCCCCUCAGGAGCUGCCGGCCUCCCACCUCAGGUGGUCCCUGGAGGGGCCAGAGGAUGACCCCCCCAUAUUCCUUUAAUGCAGAUACACAAGUGGCCUUACUCUAAGAUGACAGCAAACACUUGGAGAAUUAUGUCGCGCUUCUCAGUCAGUGACAUGUCAGAGGCAUCACGACCUUAUUUGGUGCAAUGUUGGUUUCUGGGAAGGUCCUUAGACCAGUUGAACUUCUUGGCAGUUCUGUACCCUGACUAAGCCUGGGCCUGUGGAGGGAGCUCUCGCCCACCUCCUGCCAGGACCUCUGGUCCUGGAGCCCUGUCCCUGCCGGGUUUGUCAGGAGGGUGUCUGAAAGCGGUAAGCGGGAAGAGGGCAGGCGCCUUGCAGACCGGGCUGGUGAGGGGUUUUGGGGGGGAGCGGGGGGCUACCAGGGCCAGUGAACCUCUGAGGGCCCCCCACCCCCGCCCCUGGAUGGGGGUUUGCACACGGCACUCUUGGCUGCCUGUUUUUAGUUCUCAUGUUUAGACUUUAAAAAUGACAUCCAGAAACCUGUUUUUGAAAAAUCUCUGGUUCUCUGGGGAUUUGAAGCCCCUCAUGGGAGGUAGUGCCAGGCUGUGUGGGGCCUGUGGCUCCGAUGGGGAGGCAGAGUCCCAAUGGCAGCGCCCACCCGACGUGGCUGCCGCAGGCUCAGACCCCGCGGAGAAGGGGCUGAGGGUCUUAGCGCCUAGUACUUACACAUGGUGAGGCCCUGCGUGCCCCAGAUCCAGCCUCCCAACUGGCAGCUGCCGGCCAGGUGAGCUGCCUCUCUGCCUUCCUGUGGUGCCUGCGGUUGGAUAAGCUGCAGGGUGAAAGGGAGUCGCUUACAGCUGGCUAGUGCAAGCUGGCUAGUGCGGGGCUGGCUGCCCCCCCACCCCCAUCCACCCUGGGGUUUCCUGGCCCUUGAUGAGACCCCAUCCUGUCCAGCACUGCCAAGCACUCACUUCCUCUUCCAUUUUAACAGAAGGAGGUUAGGGCCAGGAGUUCAAGAGCACGCUCCUCAUUUAGCUUUAUCCCAGCACACAUUCAUAGUUUUACAACUGGAAGGGAUAUUCUCACAGGGAACAGGCUACAACCAAGGAAAGUUCAGAUUUUUUUUUUUCCAGUUUACAUAAGCUGCAGCUUCUGACUCCCGGCCUGGGCUCUUUCCAUCACCCCUGGAAGCACCAGCACCAGCACCGCCAGCCAGUCAGAGCACCUGGGCCUGGGCCCGCCCCCAGGUUUUAGUUAUUUAACCCAUUGCUCUCUUCACAAGGGGCUUCUGCCCCUGCCCCCAGCGGAUGCCAGCCUGCUCUCCCUGGCAGGGGCUCAGAACACUCAGCUCGCUGGGUGGUAGCUGCCUCCAGUGCCCUGUCCUCGCCCGUACAGCACCCCUGGCCUGGGAGGUAGGUGUCUUUCUGUUUCUUUAGUUCUGGCUGCCAGACACAAGGGCACCUGGGCCUGGUGGUUUGCCCUCCCAGAGGGUUGGCCAGGAGAUUCCUGUCUCCUUCCCAC